CGUUGGGGGGAGUUUUAUGCCCAGAUGUAGGGGGCCGGAUUCUACAUUUCCGGCACUGAACUCAAUACAAAACCGUUCAAUCGCGAGUUCGCCAGCACCACCUGUCCGUGCUCGAUUCCACCCAGCUGGGCGCCCAGACGCAAUGCCUGACUCUCUGUACGCCGAGUCCCAGCCCAGGAUGCCGGAGCUUCUGUGGCCUAUCUCGCAAGCCGCGCUCGCUUCUUCAUUUUCCGAUUAGACUCCUGCUCGUGAGAACCGAAGCGAAGAGGUCCGUGCUAACAGUUCAGGCCAUCUCAGAGCAGUAGAAUAUGAAGGUCGCCAAGAGUCUGGUCCUCGCAGCCGUGCUCUGCGCGGCGAAGGUCAACGCCAUCGACUUCAACGAGCCGAGUCUCACCAGCGGCAGCAGCGGCACCGUCUCGGGUGCCGAUCAGACGCAGCAGCAGUCGCUGCCGGAGUCGUCGGCCGCCGGGUCGGCGCCUACUUACUCGUCGGCCACAUCCACCGAAGCCUCGGCAGGUUCAGCAGCUACGUUCUCUUCCGGCGGAUCCACAGCCGCCUCUGGUGAGUCGCCGGCCACGUUCUCUAGCGCUUCUUCGACGGAGGCUUCGGCCGGUUCAGCCCCUACGUCCCCGGGAGAGGGCAGUGCCGCCGGCACGGACUCGGCUUCGUGCAGCCAGGAAUUCUCUACUGCCGGAAGCGAGGAAGCCGACACAUCAUCGGACGUCGGCGGCGCAACAGAUUCGGCAUCGUGCAGUCAGGAGUUCUCGGUCGCCGGCAGUUCUGACACCGCCGACGACUCGUGCAGCCAGGAAUUCUCUGUGGCUGGCAGUUCCGAUACAGCGGAUGACUCGUGCAGCCAGGAGUUCUCUGUCGCAGGCAGCGAUGACUGCUCUGAAGGAUACGACAUUGCCGGCUCCGACGACUGCAGCGAAGGUUACGACAUCGCCGGAUCGGAGGGGAUGACCGAAGGCAGCAGCACCGGCACCGGCACAGACACAUCGACCGAGACCGGAACCGGAACGGAAACUGGUACUGAUACUUCGACGGAGACCGGAACCGGAACGGAAACUGGUACGGACACCUCGACGGAGGCGGGCACGGGUACUGACACCUCUACCACUGGUACGGAUACUUCGACCGAGACCGGCACCGAUACGGACACGUCGACUGAGACCGGAACGGGAACUGAAACCUCAACCGAGACCGGUACCGAGUCCGGCACUGGUACUGACACAUCGACGGACACGACUCAGCAGGAAAUCACGAACUCAGGAACCCCUACUGAAACUGGUGCCUCAACUGGUACUGAUACCCCAACGGAAACGAGUACCGACACUUCUACUGAGACUGGCACGGGUAUUGAGACCGACACUGGUACCGAUACUGGCUCGGGUACUGAGACCGACACGAGUACCGAGACUGGCACGGGUGGCACGGGAACUGAGACCGACACGAGUACCAAAACUGGCACGGGUGACUCUGGCACGGGCACUGAGACCUCGACGGAAACCGGUACUGGCACCGACACGUCGACCGAGACUGGAACGGGUACCGACACCUCGACGGAAACAGGAACCGGAACUGAUACCGGAACUGGUACCGACACUGGUGUCGAUGCUUCGGCCGGGUCGGACUGCUCUGAGGGUUACGACAUCGCCGGCAGCGAUGACUGCAGCCAGGAGUACGACAUUGCUGGCUCCGACUGCUCUCAGGAGUUUGACAUCGCCGGCUCGGAGUCGUGCAGCCAGGAAUUCUCUGUCGCUGGCAGUUCCGACACUGCCGAUGACUCGUGCAGCCAGGAGUUCUCAGUUGCCGGCAGCAGCGACACCGCUGCAUCUGCCUCGUGCAGCCAGGAGUUCUCCACCGCCGGAAGUGAGAACGAAGAGUCCUCGGCCGCCACAUCCACUGAAGCUUCUGCUGGCACCUCGACGGAGACUUCGGCCGCUACUUCUACGGAGUCUUCGGCCGCCACCUCGCCCGGCAUGUCUGAGGCCACGUCCACCGAGUCUUCGGCCGCCGGUGGCUCCGAGGCAACCUACACUGGUGCGUCCACGGCCUCAUCUUCUCCGGCCGAGUCUUCUGGCACCGAGUCUUCGGGCUCUGACUCGGUCCUAACUUUCUCGCCCUCGGCUGCCGGUGCCUCCUACAGCAGCAGCACCACAGCCGACCAGAACCCCACCCAGCAGCAGACGGCAUUCAGCGUAGAAGCAGUCAAGUUCAAGUCCGGCACCGACGACGAGAGUGCCGGCAACAACCUUGCCGUUCCUCUUGCCUGUGCUGGUGCCGUGUGUGCCGCUCUGGCCAUUGCCGGCACAGUCUACAUGAAGCGACGGAGCAAGAAGUCCAAGAAGGCGGCGGGCGACAUCUUCACCGUCGACCAGAACUCGGCACUGUAAUAAGUGUCCCAGCCUUUCCGACUUAUGUCCCGUGCCGUACAAAGCGCCAUCUCGAAUGUCGUUGGUUGCAAUGAAAAGAGAGACGUUGGAAAAAAGCCCCCUCCAUCGAGAACGAACCGAGAGGAAGUGAGUGUGAGUGCGUGUAUUAUUGCAGAAGAACGUGGUGGAUAUUUCGCGUAUUUUGAAGCUGACUUGGGUCUCUCCAGUCUCUGCUCUGCUCUCCCGCUCGCUCGCCGACCGCGGUCGUGUUUUGAGUGUAGGUCGUCUUCUCCCAUUCUGCGCGUAACCGCGUCUUGGACUGGCGCGUGUGUCUUGUGAGUGAGUAGUGAGUGAGUUUCCAGUUUGUUUCCAAUAGAAAGUGCCUACCAUUAGCCUCUUCCUUCG